GUUGGUGGUGGCGUCAGGGGUGUUAGGAAGACGGAAGGAGCGGGUGAUGAGGUAGGAACGGUGGGUUCGCGUGCGAGGCUGCCUCAGUUCCUCUUGUGCUUGUGGGGUGGGAAGGUCGUCGCCGCCGCCGCGCCCCGAUUCCCCGGUUUCUUGUGAGACUGGUGCGCCGAGGAGUCUCAAAAGAGAUGUUUUGCUCACAUAAUAUAGUAGAUUUUACUGAAGGUACGAAAAGGAAAUUAAUCAACUAUGUGUGAAAGAGGAAGCAACACGAAAAAUAGGUGAUAUUCUUAACUAGUGUGAGUGUUGUUUACAAGAAAAGUAUUGCAAAUACCUAAAAAGAAGAAAAAAAAAGAAUUUUGAAGCAAGAAAAAUAAGUGCAUAUCGAUAGAAAAAUGUGAUCUUAGCCUCGGUCUAAAAUGAUCCUCUCCCGCCACUGACUGCCUCCUCGUCAACUUCCCAUCAGAGCCAAGCCAGGAGCGUGCCCAGGCCGUUCCACCGCCUCGCCGGCAGCCCAAGUGCGUGUGUGCGCGUGUAAGUCUGUGGCGCUGAAACAUGGGCAAGGAAGAGCACGGCAGGAACAUUUGUGUCUUCCUUUUCUUGGCUCUCUUUUGUCUCAUCACUGCCGAGGAGGACUUCCUGUUCAAGAAGAAAAAAUACGUGGUGGAGGAGGUGCAAGCCGUGUACGGGGAAGCAGCUCGCCUCCCUUGCAACAUGACAGUCAACUCUGGGGACACAGUCUACCUCGUGCUGUGGUUCAAGGAGGAGCUAGCCACUCCCAUCUACAGCUACGACGUGCGGGAGCUUCUCCGAGGACAGCCCAAGCACUGGUGGGACGCGGAUCUCCUUGGGUCCAGAGCAUUCUUCAACGCGGGCUCGUCACCUCACCUCCUGCUGCAGGGUCUCACAUCGGCGGACGCGGGCCUCUACAAGUGUCGUGUGGACUUUCAGCGAGAGCCCACCAGAAACACCCGAAUUAAUCUAACUGUUGUAGUGCCUCCCCGGAAGCUGGUGCUGGUCGAGGACAACGGAGCUGAGGUGCGCAGCUUCGUGGGGCCCAUCAAUGAAGGGGACGACCUGCACCUGUCCUGCGUGGCCCAUGGCGGCCGUCCGGCGCCGUCCGUUGUUUGGCUCAUGGACAACAAGGUCAUAGACGACGUGGUGGAGAGUCGCGAGGGUGAGCUGACCCGCAACGACCUCGCCUUGCGGGGCGUGACGCGGGCCAUGCUGCGCACCCAGCUCACCUGCCAGGCCGCCAACAACCAGGUGUCGCAGCCGUUAUCCCACACUGCCACGCUGGACAUGAACCUUCGACCUCUGGACGUGACUAUACAUCACAUCCGGGAGCCGCUGUCUGCCGGCCGGGCCUACGAAGUGUUGUGUUCCUCGCGCGGCUCCCGCCCGCCGGCUGUCCUCACCUGGUGGUGGGGCUCCGCGAGGGUGCCUGCCGCAGACGACACGACCUCGCACGGCGGUAACGUCUCGUCCUCGAUGGUCAGACUCACGCCAAACGCCUCGGAUGACGGGCGGCUGCUGUCCUGUCGAGCAGAGAACCGUAACCUGCCCACAGCCGUUAUUGAGGACACGUGGAAACUGAGCGUCUACUACACCCCGACGUCGGAAGCGGUGCUCGGGGCUUCACUUAACCCGCAGAACAUCCGGGAGGGGGACGACGUGUAUUUUGAGUGUCACGUCAGAGCCAACCCGCGGGCGUACAAAGUCGUCUGGAAACAUAACGGCGUGGAAGUGCGGCAGGAGCGGGCGAAUGGCAUCCUACUCACCAACAGGAGUCUGGUGGUGCAGGAGGUGACGAGGACCCACGCGGGACGAUACACCUGCCAGGCCAGCAACGUCGAGGGAGACUCCACUUCCCCGCCUGUCAUCCUGGCCGUGCAGUAUGCGCCCCUUUGCCGCCCCGGCCAGGUGAGUGUCUAUGGAGUGUCUAAGCUGGAGGACGCCCACGUCACCUGUCAGGUGGAUGCCGUGCCCCAGGUGACACGCUUCUACUGGACCUUCAACAACACGGUAGAGAGCCUCGAAGUACCGCAGGAGAGGUUUACGGUGGGGCUGGGAGGUCGUAGCGUCGUCAUCUUCACGCCGACAUCAGACCUCGAGUAUGGAACGCUGCUGUGUGCCGCCGAGAACAUGGUCGGGAGGCAGAAGGACCCUUGCGUCUUUCAUAUCAUACCUGCCACCAAACCUGAAGCCCCGACCAAUUGUUCGCUGUACAACGUGUCCUCGAGUAGCCUGACGGUGUCCUGCUCGCCGGGCUUUGAUGGCGGCCUCAACCAAACGUUCGCCAUGGAGGUGUACGGCACCAAUCCUCACUCCCUCAAGGCCAACAUCACCUCCAACAUCCCGCGGUUUGUGGUGACCGGACUAGAUAACGAGUCUGAGUUCCAAUUGAUAGUGUAUGCCGGCAACUCCAAAGGUCGCAGCAGCAUCACCCGCCUCGUGGCCAUCACCCAAAAGCUACCGGUGAAGCAGCUCGAGACGCGCCUCAGCAACAGCGGCAAUGAUGCGGCGGGGGUGACGCAAGACACUCCUUCAGACGCCUUCAAGCCUCUGUUGGGAAUCUUUGGCGGCGUGGGACUCAUCGCCGUGCUCCUCGUCGUCAUUGCUGUCAUCGUCAUCAAGGUUCAGUGCAGUGCCGAGGCGAGGAGGCGGCGGGCGCAGGGCGAGGGGAGUGACGGUGAGGAUAAGCGGCAACGACAAGUCAAAUCCAAAAAGCAGCUAUCGCAAGACUUCGAGAGGCACCAACUGACCGUGAGGAGCAGCAGGAGUGAAGACGAGAUACCCAAAGACGCCGGUGCUGGCCCUGUGAAUACCGGGGAACGCUACGCCGACUACCGCCCAGUCCACCUCCACCAGCACCAUGACGACCAGAGUCCCGACGUGGUGGCCUGCAGCGGAGAUUUCGAUGACGUGAACGUAAGUAUCCGGCCAGGCGGCGCGAUGACUCUGAUGGCCGAGCACCUGCCUGCCUCACAACACCUGCAGCGCCCCGUGCCCUGCCACCACCCUCCGUCUACGCUGGUUCAACAUACUCACCAGCGGCAAAAGCAACACCAGUCACCUUCACCUUCGCCGCACAAUCAACAACAACAACAACAGCAUCACCAGCAACAGCAGCAGUCUCCUCUCCUGCUGCAACAUACUAAAGACCCCAUACACUACUCAUUAGCGACCCCCGGCAUUGGAAGCCAUGAAUUCCACCACCCUCACCCUCAUAGACAGCCUCAUCUAGCACCUGCCAGAAUGUGUGACAACGUCGACAUGGACGUCCACUUCAGUGAAGCUGUAGUGGACAGCGGGACGCCUCCCGCGCCAGCCCCAGCCGACGACCUGCCCGUCCCUCUCAUGUUCGUGGGAGACGGGCAGGGCAAGCACGCGGGGGCGUCUGGAGUGGCGUGUUUGGCUAGAAUACCUGAGGACCCCGAGAGUCCCAGCUCCAGACGGGAGAGUGCAGUGUAAAUCGGGCCCAAAUUAGCCAACUACUUACCGAUAGGAAUUAAUAUAAAUUAUAUAAAGAUAAUGAGACUAUUUUAUAUGCGAUUCUCGUCACUGUGUGACAAACGUGGAUUUUAUAUUUUAUAUGCCAUUUUUUCGAUAUACAAUAAACAAAACAUAUAUAUAACAAAAAUAAUAGAGCCUAGUAAAUAUUGGAGAAACCAUUCAAAACUGAAGAGUUUAUAGUUAGUUUAUAAUAGAGACAUUUCCAUGUUCCCGCAUUUUCCAUAGAAGGGAGACUGAACAUUGGCAAGGACUGGGAUGGCCUGAGCUGUGACGUUAAUUUCAGUGUUUUGCUCUACAACUUAUUGGUUAAUGUUAAUUUCCAUAUUCGCUGACGCAUUUUCAACAUGAGCAACACCAAUUAGAAAACGCAUCUUCAUCACGACAUGUUAACUUGAUACAGAACACAAACGUCAACACUCCAAGGGUUUUGAAGAAUAGCAUAUUCUUUGUGUUCACAUAUCUCAUUCCCCCUCGCUCAGUUUUGCGUGCCACGCCUGUUUACACUGCGCCUCUAAUUUUCUCGACAUGUAAGUCACUCACGGGGCUCUGAAAGGAAAGAAAAAAACAUUAAAAGACAGAAAAGAGAUGCUAAAAAAAUAUGCAGCAAUCUUGACUUGAUAAUGAUAAUAUAAAUGUGACAAUGGUGAUAAUAAGCGAUAAUUUAUUUGAAAUUACUGACAUUGAUUUAGACUUAAAAAUGAAGAAAGAAAAAUAUCGUAAUGCGGAGUGAAUUGUGUCAACGAUACUGCGUCAGAAUAUUUGAGCACGGAUAUUUGAAAUUUACCAGAAAAGAAAAUUGUGGAAACAAGACAGAUCAAUCACUCUGCUAUAUCCUUGAAGAUAAGAGCUUCCUUUUCCUGCCUCCCCGUGGUGUCAGCAAUGGCAACGCGUCUUUACUCCAGCAAGCAGACAGUGGCCAGGAGCGGCGACUCUCAUUCCUUAGCGAGUGGUGUAACGUGUACAGUGACCGUGACCGUCCUUUAAGAGCAUCCGUUGCUUCCAUGAGUGUAUAAUGGUUCAUCCAAUAACCUGCAACAAGCGAAUGGAUGCAAUGGAUGUGUGUGUGUGUGUGUGUGUGUGUGUGUGUGUGUGUGUGUGUGUGUGU